AUGUUGAAAAUUACACCCAAAAAUGCUCGGACAAGACGAAUUCUUCAAAAACGUGAACCAAAAAUUGAAGAAAAUGUUAAGACCGCAAUUUUUAUUCGCGGGAAUAAAACAAAUCAAAUAGUCAAUGAAGCACUGACAGAUCUUUGUAGUUUAAAAAAACCUUAUUCAAUAAAAUUUUCAAAAAAAAAUAACAUUCGACCUUUUGAAGACGAAACUUCCUUAGAAUUUUUUUGUCAAAAAAAUGAUGCUUCCUUAUUCGUUAUUGGAUCGCAUUCGAAAAAGAAACCAAAUAAUCUGGUUUUCGUUAGAAUGUUUGAUGGCCAAGUAUUGGAUAUGAUUGAAGUUGGAAUUGAGAAGUCAAUUCCUAUUAAGGAUUUCAAGACACGAAAAUGUUCUAUUGAUGUUAAACCCCUUUUCAUUUUCAAUGGUGAAUUAUUUGAAUCAUCUCAAAUUCAUAAAACUUUUAAAAAUAUGCUUUUGGAUGUUUACCGAGGAAAAACCGUAAAAUCAAUUGAUCUAAAGGGAUUGGAGCAUGUGAUAUCUGUCACAGCUGUGUCUAAUAAUAAAAUAUAUUUUAGAGUUUAUAUAGUUCAGAUGACGAAAUCUGAUCAAAAAACGCCAAGAAUUGAAUUGGAAGAGAUGGGUCCUUCUUACAAUUUCGUUCUUAAAAGAACAAAAUUUGCAAAAGAGGAAGUGUAUAAACAAGCUACUAAAGUUCCGAGAACAUUAAAACCAAAAAAAGAAAAAAAUGUUAAUGUCAAUGAAAUGGGAGACGUUGUAGGUCGCAUUCAUGUUGGGAAACAAGAUUUGAGUAAAUUACAGACGAGGAAAAUCAAAGGUCUUAAGCGUGGAACAGAUGAUGACUUUGAGAAAACGACUCAAGAUAAAAAGCAGAAGAUUUAA